AUGCAUUUUCGCAGCACAUUUAGUGUCGGACAAUCGACGCGAGAUGGCGCGUCGAAUACGAUUCUUGCGAGAUGCCAGAUCUUCAGUAUGGCGAAUUUAAUGGGCCUGUUCAGUCUGUGGAGCAGGUUGGGCACACGUGGGCGCUCCGUUGUCAAGAUUUUUCUUCCGGGUCUCGUCGCGGGAGAAAGUGCCGUGAUUGUACACUGCGCAGGUAACAUUGCGAUUCACGCGUCGUGUUGGGAGUGCUGUGUAAAGUGCCGGACGAUCGUAAUUAUUCGUUUUCGCGAGUGUCGUGAGUGCAACGAAGGACCAAGAGAGGAGGAGAAGGCCCAGGGAGGCAUCGGGCGACAGUGGGGCAACUGUGAGAUCAAUAUGCUGUGCAUUACAAUUCCGCUAUUGCAUCCAUUCUGA